AUGUAUUCCUAAUUGAAAAAGAAUAAGACUCCAGAUGUUCAUCCGUUGAUUUCCAAAGGUUAAUUUUCAAAUGACCAAAAAUUUUACUAAGAGUUAACCCAAAAAUUAUGGGAAUCUCAUCCCACAGACGAAAAUUUAGAAACCUCCGUAGAAGUACCAUAGAUGCAAACGAAAAGAGCAUAACCAUAUUUAACCGAAGAGAAUAACUUGACUCUAGAAAAUCGUAAACUGAAGGAAACAAUAAUCUAAAUGAAAUUGGAAAUGAAGUCUAAAUUAGAGGCUGAUCUAUUGAAACAAAAAAAUGAAUUCCAAACUAUAUUAUAGGAAUAUGUAGCGUUCAUAGAUAAGAUUUUGCAGGAUAAAAAGGAUCUAUAGUUACAAUUAGCAUAAUGUUAAAGGUAAGAAGCUCAAGAAAAUUAAAAUGAAUUGAUUGAGCAACUUCACUUUUUGCAGGAAGAAAAUUAUAAAUCACUUCAAUAAUCAGAGGAAUUUAGCAAUAAAUUAGUUUAAAUUGAGACCCUGUUAAUAAAUUUAGAGGAGGAAAAGAAAUCAGCUUAUGAUAAGAUUGAAUAACUAAAGCUUUAAAAUCAACAGCUAAAACAACAUUAUGAAGAGAAGCUUUAGAAUUUGAAAUAGUAACAUUUCGCUGAUAUUACGAAAUUUGAAUCUAUAGUUGAGGAAGCAUUAAAUAAAAAGGACUGUAAGAUAUAGAGAUUAAAGGAGCAAUUAAGUUAUUACACUGAUCAAUUUUGA